AUGAAAGCGGAAGAUUAUCGAGCAGCUCUUGGGCGAUUUGGCAUUUCUGGCGAUCUUGCACUCCAAUCGAUCAACAGCUUGUCUGGUGGUCAGAAAUCAAGGCUAGAAUUUUCGCUGAUUUCCAUGUCAAAUCCAAACUUUUUGGUUCUCGACGAGCCGACAAAUCACCUGGACAUCGAAACUGUGGAAGCUCUCGGGAAUGCCUUGAAGGAAUUUCAGGGUGGCGUGAUACUUGUUGCGCACGACCAGAGACUAAUUGAAAUGGUCUGCAAAGAACUUUGGUUGGUCGAGCAUCGCACAGUUCGAAGACUUGAAGACGGUUUUCCGGAGUACAAAGCAAUCAUCGAGAAAGAACUCAGUUCUCUCUCUUGA